AAGGUAAUUUUUUUCCCGAAAAAAAAAAAACUACAACAAUAAUAGUAAAUUAAAAAUUUAUAUUAGAAAUCGACGAGUACCUAGUCAGAGACAGAGAAGUUUGAAUUUUACGCAGGAAUUUCAUUAUUAUGGUCAAACUAAGAAAUUUUAUAGACACCACAUACUGCCGAUACUUGUGUUAUCAGCAAGCCAAGAAAAAGAUUCCUAUCAUAUCAUGCAAACGACCAGAGUUUAAUCACUACGAGGGCCAGACAUACAGUAAAUUUGAGGUUGUUAAGCUUGCAUCACAAGGCUGGUAUCAUGAAAAAUCAAAGGGUGAUUACUUUACAAUUUACGGACAUGACACGGACAAGCCGAAAACGGAGGUCUACAAGAAGACUUUUGAGGAAAUGGGCUUGUGUGAAAAUCUAUGCAAGGUAAUGUCUCAACAAGGAUUUUCUUUACCAACUGCAAUCCAAGUGAAAGCAUUUUCUCCAAUCUUGCAAGGCUAUAAUACAUCAAUGACAGCGGAAACGGGAUGUGGUAAAACAUUGGCAUAUUUGUUACCAAUAAUGCAACAUUUGAUUGAGUGGAAACCUCAUGUACAAGAAGAAUUCAACAGUCCAUUGGCAGUUGUUAUCACACCAAGUAGAGAAUUAGCAACACAAAUAGGUGAGGUUGCUCAAAGUAUAUCUGAGAAUUUAAACAUUAAUGUGACCACACUACUUGGAGGGAAAACAAAAAAGCAAAUAAUGGAUCCACCAAUUGAAUAUUGUGAUUUGCUAGUUGCUACCCUUGGAGCUUUCAGUAAAAUGGUAACAACUGGUAUAUACAAGAUUCACAAUAUACAUCAUGUUGUACUGGAUGAAGCUGACACAUUGCUCGAUGACUCAUUUAUAGAGAAAUUAACAGCACUGUUGAAAAAAUUUCAGAUACGUUUUAAAGUUGAUAAUAAAAUACCACCAGAAGGUUGCCAGGUUACUUUUGCAAGCGCAACAUUGCCUCAUGAGAUGCCGGAAGCUGUGAACUCAUUUAUGGCACCCGAAUCACUAAGGACAGUUGCCACUAGAAAUGUACAUAAGAUUAUUCCAAAUGUUCCACAUAAAUUCCUGCGCCUUGGUAAAGCCCAGAAACCAGCAGAACUUCUGAAACUAGUACAGGCUGAUUUGAAUAUGAAACGUCAAGUCAUGAUAUUCUCAAAUAAGACAUCAACAUGUGACUUUGUAUCGAUGUUUCUGAACGAAAAUAACAUUGAGUGCCUGAACAUUAAUGGCAGAAUGGCUGUGCCACUAAAGAUGGGGAAAUUUGAGCAAUUCAAGACUGGACAAGUCUGUGUUCUGUCAUGUACUGAUAUUGCUUCUCGCGGAUUGGAUACUACAUCGGUUAGCCACAUAAUUAACUAUGAUUUUCCUCUUUACACAUCGGACUACAUCCAUCGAAGUGGUAGAACUGGUCGCAUCGGUUCCCCCAGCGGUUGUUCCAUUACAAACUUCAUCGCUUGGCCCAGGGAAAUCAACCUUGUUCAGAAAAUAGAGAAAGCUGUGCGGGGAAACACAGAGCUGCCAAAUGUCAAUGCGAAUAUUAGGAGACAGAUUAUGAAUAGGAUAGUUAAAAUGUCUCAAAUAGCUUAGAAUAAAUUUUUUAGUAUUUA